GGGAUGGAAUAACUGGGAGAGUAGGCGUGGGUUUAGCCUGGCUCGGGGACUGAAGAUAAAACAUGCAUAGGAGUUGAGAGCGGGCGCUGUCCACUUAGCUGCUGGUGCUGAACUCUGGACCCAAGCCAGCUGCAUCUCCUGCCCUCUGCUCAAGGAGAAGGAACACAAUCCGGGAUCUAUUCGACACGCUGCUGGACUCAUUCUUCUUGUUUUAGGCAGCAGAACUUGCAGCAAAGACAACACAUGGGUUUGGAUAUGCUUUUAUCACUUGCACUUACGGAUCUUAUGCAUUUCUGUUAAAUCGCUGUGGAUUUGAUGAGCAGAUCGCUGUCCCUGGAUAUAAUUCUGAAUUAUUUACAUUUCCCAGGACUUUCUGCGAUACCAAGAUGAACAUGUCCAAUUUUGAGUCAGCUAUUUGGGGUUUGAUGCUCUUUCUCCUGGUGGUUGAAGGAAGACCAUCUAAAGAAGAAUAUGGCCUUAAACUGUUUCCACCUCUUAUAAGGCUACGACAUAAGCAAGACAGAAAUCAUGAAAUCCUAAGAGAUAAAGGUUAUGCCGAUCAAGAGGAUAAGCAUUUUGGAACCUGCGAAAAUAAGUAUUGUGGAUUGGGCAGACACUGCGUCGUAAGCCAGGAAACUGGACUGGCUGAGUGCAUAUGCAUGGAGCGUUGCAAGCCCCAUUUUAAACCUGUUUGUGGAUCUGAUGGCAAACUCUAUGAAAAUCACUGUGAAGUACACAGAGCAGCCUGUUUGAAAAGACAGAAGAUAACCAUGGUUCAUAACGAAGACUGUUUCUUUAAAGGUGACAAAUGCAAAUCUACAGAAUAUGACAAGAUGAAGAAUACAUUACUGAAUCUAGAGAACCAGAAGAAUGCAGGAAAAGAAAGUGAACAAAAUAAUAUGGACCAUAAGGCAGUAAAGAAGCAGGUGGUGGAUCAAAUGUUUAAGUAUUUUGAUGCUGAUAACAAUGGACUGGUGGAUAGUAAUGAACUCUCUCAGGUAAUAAAGCAGGAAGGUAUUGGCAAAUCGCUAUAUGAAUGUUCCCUCUUUAAUCUAGUCAAGUAUGAUGACUACAAUGGUGAUAAACAUCUUUCCUUGGAGGAGUUUUACAGAGCAUUUGGGGUUGUUGAACUGAGUGUUCCAGAAGAUCAACUUGUGAGGGUGACGACAGCAACAGUUGGACAAAGUGUUGUGCUGAUCUGUGGUAUCCAAGGCAACAUAAAGCUUCCCAUUAUAUGGAAAAGAAACAAUGCCAUUCUGAACAACCUGGAUUUGGAAGAUAUUAGUGAUUUUGGAGAUGAUGGAUCCUUAUAUAUUACCAAGGCUACCACAACACACAUGGGAAAUUACAGCUGUCAUGCUGAUGGCUAUGAUAGGGUUUAUCAAACUCAUAUCCUCCAGGUGAACGUACCGCCUGUUAUUCGGGUGUAUCCUGAAAGCCAAGCCAGAGAACCAGGUGUGACUGCAAGUCUUAGGUGUCAUGCUGAUGGAAUUCCCCAGCCCCAACUUAGCUGGCUUAAAAAUGGAAUUGAUAUAACUCCAAAAAUAUCCAAACAACUAGCAGUACAAGCUAAUGGGAGUGAAGUUCAUAUUAGCAAUGUACGCUAUGAAGACACUGGAGCUUACACAUGCAUUGCAAAGAAUGAAGCCGGAGUUGAUGAAGACAUCUCUUCACUUUUCGUGGAAGACUCUGCUAGAAGAACACUUUCCAAUAUAAUAUGGCGAAAAGAAGGUCUCGGGAUUGGAAAUUUGUUUUAUGUAUUCAACAAAGAUGGAAUCAAGGUGAUACAGCCUGUAGAAUGUGAAUAUCAGAGGCAUAUAAAAACCAGUGAAAAGAUCCUCGGAACCCAGGAUGAAGUUUGUCCCCAAAAAGAGGGUGAAGAAACACAAGGAUGUGUAUGGGCAUCUGCUGUCAACGUGAAAGACAAAUUUAUAUAUGUGGCUCAACCUACUUUAAACCGCAUUCUUCUUGUUGAUGUUCAAACACAAAAGGUUGUGCAGGCAGUAACCACUGAUCCUGUCCCUGUCAAAUUGCAUUAUGACAAAUCACAUGACCAAGUCUGGGUUCUUAGCUGGGGUAACAUGGAGAGAACAUCUUCAACUCUUCAGGUAAUAACCCAAGCAAGUGGAAGUGUUUCUCAUCAUACCAUUCACACUCAACCAGUCGGAAAGCAGUUUGACAGAGUUGAUGACUUUUUCAUUCCAAGUACAACACUGAUUAUCAAUCAUAUCAGAUAUGGAUUUAUUCUUCACAGAGAGGAACCAGCUCUUCUGAAAAUCGAUCUGGAAACAAUGUCAUACAUCAAGACACUUAAUUUAAAGGACUUUAAUUGCAUUCCCCAGUCUUUGGCUUACACUCAUCUUGGAGGAUAUUAUUUUGUCCAAUGUAAGCCUGAUACAACUGGAGCUGUUCUUCCACAGGUUAUCGUGGAUAGUGUUACUGAUUCUGUAAUUGGGUAUAACAAAGAAGUAACGGGUACACCCUAUGUGUCUCCAGAUGGCCACCAUCUUGUAAGUAUUGAUGAUGUCAAUGGACUUAUGAGAGUUCAGUUAGUAACGAUUCAAGGAGAAAUUCAAGAUUCGUUUAUCAUUCACACCAAUCUGCAUAUAUCAGAUGUGGCCUUUCAAGCAUCAUUCAUCGAAGCUCAUCAGUAUAAUGUCUAUGCAAGCUCCAGUACACAAACUGAUGUACUCUUCGUCGAGCUAUCUUCUGGCAAAGUUAAAAUGAUAAAAAGCCUGAAAGAGCCUGUAAAAUUUGAUGAAUGGCCAUGGAGCACAAAAAAUCGGAUUAUUAAGGAGAGCGGCCUCUUUGGACAAUAUUUGAUGACACCUUCAAAGGAAUCACUGUUUAUUUUAGAUGGACGACUCAACAAAUUAAACUGUGAGAUAACUGAAGUUGAAAAAGGCAACACAAUUGUGUGGGUUGGAGAAGUAUAAAAUGAAACCUCUUAAUUAUUUCUCAAAUUUUCUCUUUAAGGUUAAACUAUAGCUAAAUCAAAUGUUCCUCCCUUAAGCCUUUUAUAACAACACACAAUAAAAUUAUGAAGAUUUCCAUACCCGCUGAUAUUACAGACCACAUGUGCUGUUUUCAUGGAGACAAUUUUAAUUGGCACUUUUCAUUCUAAUAUGCAGAAACAA